AACUACUGUAGUACGAAAUUCUGUUUAUAUUGUUUCUUUAAGUUAUUGAUUGGUUAUCAUUUGAUUUUCCAUUUUUGGUAAAUUUGGUAUCCACAAUGUAACAAGUUUUUUGUUUAUGCUUGCAAGAUGUUUGAUCAAAUGUCUCCAAAAUCAAAUGUUAAUUCAUAAGGUGCUUUUGUUCUAAUUUUUUGUGUUCUUCUCCUAGUGCAAAUGACCAAUGUGAGUGAUUUUUCAGCACAAUUAAACUUGUGCCAUUGGUUUAGCUAAAUUUUGGUCUCCACAAUGUAACAAUUUUUUUAUGGAGUAAAUUAUUGCUAAUUCAUUGGUAUUAUGCAUAAAUUAUUGCUAAUUUAUUUGGUUUGAACUUUGAUGUUUCUUUCCUUCCAAGUAAUGAGAAUAAAAAGGGACAGCUUCAGAAUGAUUCUAACUGGGUAGAUGGUGACAGCUUCAGUGUGUAAUGUUCCCUUCAUUUCACUUGAGAUACAAAUCAUUUAGCAUAUUGAAGAACAGAGCAAAGAGGAGGAAAAUGUAAUUAUGUUAUAAAUCUCAAAUUUUGGCAGUUUUUGAAAACAUUGGUUGAAACUAGAUCAUAAACCAAAAAAUUUAAAGGUGUAGUGAGUGUUCAUAGGCCUAAUUUUCAAAGGUAACUAAGUGAGGGCUCAAGAAAUGUUCCUUUAUGGUUUUUUCAACAGGGAGUCUUAAAAAAAAAACGAAUCCUUAAUCGGCUUGUGUUUUAUAACUUGAAAGACCAGGGAUGGGAGGCACAUAUUCUCCUUUGGGAAUCAUACAACUGAGAUUUAGACAAUUCUAAUUCUGAAAGUAGUAUCUCUCUGUAUAUGAGGUAUAAAAUAAAAAUUCCAAUGGCUUUUGCGUGCAUGUUCAUUAUGUUUUCAGGGCUUCUCUUGUUCGUAUGCCCUCUACAUAUCUGAAUGACCAAGUCUUUUCUAGUGUUCUAAUUGCAUCCGAUCUUUUCUCCUAUUAUCAAUAAUGACUCUGGGUGCUUGUAAUCUGAAAUCUGUUGGUGCAUAUCAGAUAUUUUCCUUAGGAUGUUGUUUGCACGCAGUUUUGCUAACUACCUAUUUGUUGGGUUUUGCACCAUUGUUGGGUAAGUUUGAUUUUACUGAAUUGUUUCUUCUCUUUGAAUCCUCUGUUAUUUGUUCUUCUGCGCCAUUGUUGGGAUUACAAAAGAAAUGCAUAUACAAAAGCAAAUUUGCAAUGCAUGAAUGCUAUACAAAGCAUAGAAAAGAGGUUAGAGUUGCUUGCCUUAUGCAAAUAUCAAUAAUGUUGUGAAGGUAAUUUAGAUUUUAUUUGUCUUUGUCUUGGAUUAAGGACUAUUUUUAUGGUCAGUUUCUGACAGGCACCGUUUGGUCUAUUAAAAAACAAUGUAAAGUAUUAAUGAUCAGCUAUGUUGAUGAUUCUGGUGGCCAGGAAGAAACUCUAGGCAUUAAAUUCAUUAUGGUUGUUGGAGAAUAGAAACUGUGAUUUUAUUUGUGUAGUAUGAUCAGCUUAUUUU